GAGCGCUUCCAUCAGCACACACGAACGACAUGGUCAGCGCUGAAGCAAAGCAGAUUGUCGUCGUUGGCGGCAGUUAUGGCGCACUCAAGCUCGCUCACGAGUCCAUCAGAUCAUUCGCGGUCAAACAGCCCGAUCAAUGGCACGUACAUAUCAUCUCUGCCUCGACUGAGUUCUGGCACUCAAUAGGCACGCCAAGAGGUAUACUGCCGGCAGGCGGUCAUACCAUAGACGACUCGUUCCUUCCACUCGAGAAGGGCUUCAAACAGUACAAGCCUGAACACUACACAAUUACCUAUGGUACAGUCACCUCCAUCGAUGACAACGCACGGUCAGUGCAUGUCAAGACGCAGACUGGCGAGCAAGAUGUCGCGUAUUACGCGCUCAUCUUGUCUCCUGGCGUUCUAUCCAAAUCACCUUUGUUCAGCUAUCAUGACGGCUCAAAGUCGCUUCGAAAGGCGUAUGAAGACGCAUGGCAGGCGAUUCCCAAAGCAAACAGUGUCCUGAUUGCUGGCGGCGGCGCAACCGGUACAGAAACAGCAGGCGAGAUCGGCGUCCGUUAUCCCGACAAGAAAGUCGCAAUUUACUCGGGCGCCGAGCGCCUGCUGCCUUCGAUUCCCGCUAAAUUUGGAUCCAAAGCUGCUCAACAGCUCCAGCGACUCGGCGUCGAGGUCGUUCACACCGUCCGGAUCAAAGAGUUCACAAAGUCGGACCAGGGUUACACGGUGCACUUUGAUGACGGCUCGUCUCGCUCGUUUGACUAUGUCAUCGACGCUACCGGUCGCUUACCCAAUACAUCCUUCAUCCCGGCCAAGGCUCUCAAUGCGAAGAAGGCGAUUAUCGUCGAUGACUUCUUUCGCGUUCCCGCUCUGGGCGAACGAGUUUAUGCAAUCGGCGAUGCUACCAGGGACGCCGGUCUGGUCGCUCUCAUGUCUACCGCGCCCGUCUUGAUCGGUACGAUCAAACACGAUUUCGGGGGCGGCAAAGCGCCGAAGCCCUACAAGGGUCCGAUGAAUAUGAUGCUCGUGCCGAUUGGACCCAACGGCGGCGUUGGUCAUGCAUUCGGUUGGAACAUGCCGAGCUUCCUCGUCAAGCAAGCAAAGGCCAAGGGCUUCUUCUGGGAGAAGUUUGAGCCAGCUUUGCUCGGCAACGACUAGGCUUCCUGUGUCUACUAGCGUGUUGUCCUUCUUGGUACAAGCUGCUUGACUCAGUAGCGCCACAGUGAGCUGUGUCCUCGAAGUGUAGCGCUGUGAUGCACGUUGAUGGCCCACGCCUGCCGAUCAACUUGACCAAUCUUGCGCUUGCCAGUACUGCUCGAACGAGACGGUGCCCACGGACGGAUCAAUGCCAUAGCGACGCAAGCA